AUGACGAAGAAGAAGAAGAGUUCUUCUCGACCACUAUCGCCAUCUGCCCUUGCUAUGAAAAAGAAGAAGAAGAGAACUUGUGUCAAAUCUUCACAACAACAACAUUCACUUGAACGUGAAUUUUACUUACCAGAUGAAUGCUGGGAGCAUAUCUUCACAUUCCUCAUCAACCCCGUCCACCCGAUUGAAGACGCAAACUACGUUACUUCAUAUUACAUUGAUUCCUUCGUGAGUUUGAAGGGCUUGAAUUCUCUUAAGUUCUGGUAUUCGCGAAUAUCGGAUGAUUUGCUUUAUUCUAUUGCCAGAGAAGGUCUUCCUUUGAAGAAGUUUGUUCUUGAAAGUUGUACCGGUUAUAGUUACAGUGGAAUCUAUGGUUUAUUAUCCAAAUGUCAUGGGAUACAACAUUUGGGUCUCCAAGGUGUUGAUUUUUUAAAUAAUCAUCAUGUUUCUCAGUUGUCUUUGUUUCUUCCUGAUUUGGUAUCUAUAAACCUUAAUGAAUGUUCCAAACUCACGGAAUUAGCUUUGUUUGCAUUCAUUAAGAAUUGUCAUUCACUUGGUGAGAUAUCAAUGGAACGCAUAUAUACUAAGAUAAAGAAUGUAGAAAAUGCAUAUACUUUGAAAGAUUUUGAUGUCAAUCGUCAAUUGAAGUUUCUACGUUUUUCUGACAAUUCAUUUAUAAACAACGAAAUUAUCGUAUUGUUUGCUUCUAUUUUUCCCAAUUUGCAAAGACUUGAUUUGAGUUACUGCUAUGACAUAUCUGGAAAAAGUAUUUGUCAAGUUCUAAGUAAAUGUUGUAAGGUUAGACAUCUGCACUUGGCCGGUUGUAAAAAAGUGAGACGAAUUAAAAUGAACUUUGUAGCUCCCCAACUAGAGUUGUUGAACUUGUCUGGUACAAGUGUUGAUGACAAAACACUCUAUGAUAUUUCAAAGAGUUGUUGUGGGCUUUUGCAACUAUUAAUAAUAUGUUGUAAACAUGUCACAGAAAACGGAGUGAUGCGUGUGGUUGAAAAAUGCAAACAGUUGAAAGAGAUUUGUUUGGGAUGUUGUGAUAAAGUGAAUGCUGAUGCUCUUAUUUCAAUGCUUUCAUCAAAUCCUUCGUCAGAAAAAGUUAAAUGCUCCGGUAAAAUUCGGCUGAAGUUUUUAUUCUUAAACUAG